AUGACCGACCCCGACGACUUGCCAGAACUUGUCCGACAUCUACAACUGGAAGCUGUAUUCAAGCACACACGAACCGUUCACAAGCUCUUGCGUCCACGUCAAGGGUCGCAGAAACAAGAAACAUGGAUAAGAGAAAAGAAAAUUGGACACGGAGGUUUCGGAGAAGUUUGGCUUGAGCGAAAACUGGAUGGCCGUCGGAGCGCUUCUGAUGCCGCUGAAUUGCGUGCGGUCAAAUGCAUCCAUUCCUCUCUGAAACGGAGGGAUUAUGUGCGCGAGCUCGAGGCUUUGGCCACUUUCUCGUCCAAUAAGUCCAAGUACAACGAGUUCUUUGUUCAAUUUCACGGUUGGUUCGAGAGCACCGACUGGCUACACGCAGUGAUGGAAUAUUGCGAAUACGGAGACCUAAGGCACUAUUUGGGCAAACAUAGCAGGCUACCGGAGGGCGAGGUACAGGAUAUCGCCCGCCAGCUGCUGGUUGGCGUUAGUCUCAUGCAUAAAGCUGGCUUUGCUCAUAGGGAUAUCAAACCUGCGAACAUCUUCAUCAAAAGUGCCCCACCAGCCAAUUGGUGGGUUAAACUUGGCGACCUGGGGCUGAGCAAAAGAACAGAAGAAAUCACCAGCUCAAGCACCGUACGGGCCACGCCCGGAUUUAUACCCCCUGAGCUUCUUGGAUUCACUAGAGAGGACCCCAAACGAGCUGAUCGCUUCUGCUCAGACAUUUGGUGCUUGGCUGAAACCGUAUUCCACGCCCUCACUGACCAAGGAGUAUUUGACACCUAUCUCAAGCUCGUGGAUUAUGCGGCCCGCCGCAUCCCCUUCCCCGAGGAAGCUCUGAACGAAGUCAAUACUAGUGAAUUAGGGAUAGAUUUUAUCCAGUCAAUGAUGAAUCCAAUGCCUCUAGAGCGACUGACAGCAGAGUUGGCUCUGAAGCACCCAUGGCUCACAACGGAAGAGGACAAUAAGUCUACUCGCGACGGUGUGGACAGUGUCCAGGACACGACUGUAUUGACGAUCUUCACUCCUCAGUGUGAAGAUAUUACACAACCAGCCGCAAAUUGGACAUCAGACAUCGAAACCGCCAGGUUGAAAGUCCCUUCCGAUCUACCCGUCAAGUUCGACCAGAUAGAGACGCCAGUGGAAGACCGGGAUCGAACGUGUCUGCCCCAAGAGUCUUCUACCACAACGACGCAUGUAGUAGACUCAAGAAAACACCAGGCCUAUGUUGAAGAUGCUGAUGAGGAUUCGAGUUCCGUCGCUUGCGACAGUACAUUCCUCCAAAAACUACCCGCCGACGUCGCAACAGCGAGCUUGGUUCAGCACAGCAGUGAGGGUAGCACCGAAAAUCUUCCUGAUGAACAGGAACUGCGAGAAACAGAAGCAGAACCGCAUGAUGAGGAUAAUUCCUCGGUCGAGGCUGUUGCCCCAUCAUCAAUGACAUGUACACUGGAUUUCCCACGUUCUCGAUCCUCAAAACCCAAAGUGUCAAAGCCAAUUCAUCAUCGAACCUCGAAGUUUAAGAAGGACACUCAAGACCAGGAUUCAGAGCACAUGAAAAGACCGGGAGAGACCAGCGCACCAAAACUCCGUCCACGAACAACUUUGCCAAAGGGACGCAAGAAACCAGCCAGAACCAGAACCGAUAAUGAAGACCAGGUCGAUCAUUCUCCUUCACCACGCGAGCACAUCAUAUCCAGCGUGUCUUCAAGAGCCGUGUUACAAACAGAUCGUCCCGCUUCGAAGUCCAAAACCAACCCUGAACACGACAUAGUGCCAAAAGAAGCUCGCCCCAUAUCGCCCGCACUGGAUGAUAACGGCAUUGGCCGUGGCAAGAGGAUCACGAACAUCCGUUCUAAAAUUGUCUCUAAACACAUACUGGUGAACGAACUCGACUACAGCUACAAGGAUUUUAUCGACGAUAUAAUUCGUAUGAGCAAGGAGCACGAGAAGGAACGCAAGGCUUUCCGCGGUGAUUCAAAACUCACUGUGAAUGCUGAAGAAUCCUUUUUGCCAAAGGUGUUUCAACUGCGAAGGGCCGGUCGAAAUUGUGGCAGAAUAUGCAGCUUGUGUGGCGAGAGGUGGAAGACCUGCGACUGUCCCCGGCCCACUCACAAGAUGGUCGUUGACUGGCUGGACGCAACAAAGUCAUACCUCAGCGGCCCUGCUGAAACAGUGAAACCUCGAUCUCAGAACCUCGCGAAUGCGGACAAGGUCGCCCCUAGUGAGAAGGGCAAGCGACCUGCUUAUCAAUCUGCGCUCGAAUUUGCGGCUUUAUUUGUCCAGGGACGAGGACGAGCAGAGGCUAGGCGGAAAAAAGACAAAGAAUGA